GCCCAGAUGGCGCCGCGCCCUCGCUCCUGUGGUGGCCCUCGCCUGGCUUGCGUCGCGCGGCGCAGCCGCCGGAGGCGACGACCAGAACCUUUCCGCCGAGCCCGACAGCCAGGUCCUCUCGGCGGGGUUUUGCUGCAUGUUCUCGCCCGGGCACGCCGCGAAGCCCGACCAUGACGGCAACGUUUGCUCCGACUGCGGCGUGGCAGAGACUUCGUCGUAUUGCGGCGCCUCGCAGGAUCACUGCGAGGGCUGCGGGAAGGCUUGGUGCAGCAGCGAUGCCGCAAGCCAGUCGGUGGGCGGAGACGAGGUCGGCACCACCACCAAGCGCCGCGCGGCGAAGAAGCACCGUGCCGCGAGCGCGUCCGGGCGCGCCAGGCACCCGACGUCCACCACGCCGCGGGCGCAGCCAGAGGAGCAGGAGAGCACCACCUCGGAGGGUGCCGCGGCGGGCGGCGAGGCUGCCAGCACCACGGCCAGCGCGGGCAACGCGAGCGAGAAGAGCUCCAUCACGCGCAGGCGGGGCCACGGCGGGAAGGGGCACGCGAAGCCCAAGGCAGCCAAGGCGAAGACUGCGCCGCUGAGGGGCAUGCAGGUCAUGACGACCAGGGCCAAAGCCAACGGCUCCGCCUUGGGCACGACCACGCCAGGUGCCAAAGCCACGUCGGCUGCACCAGUGAGCCCAUCGGCGUCGCCGACGACCACCGCCGCUGCGACGUCCACCUCCACGAGCACUGCCACCGCAACGCUGACCUCCACGGUCUCUACAGCGACCACGCGCACGAGGCGGCGGUUCCCGUUCCCCUCCAUGAUGUGCUGGAUGGUCAUCGUGAUAUCGGGCUACGAGAUGGACCUGAUCAAGCCGCAGUGCGAGAACAGGGUGAGCCUCUGGAGGUGCGACGAGCACAUCGUUUUCAGCGAUUACACGGCGGGGUGGGUCAGCGCCACCGAGACGGGCCGCAGCGCGCCGGAGCAGCUCUCUCCCGCCGCGUCGCCCUUCUCUGCGCGGUCGGCCCACGAAGCGACGAGGCAGGGCGAACACGGAUGA